AUGUUAGCACUAAUCUGUUUGGAGUGCUUUUUAACUAGUGCUGCCAUUUCUAGAAAAAGAAAAGCUUUCGAAACUGUUCUAGAGAACUUUAACUUCUAGCAUUUGGAAGAAUUCGGAACUAAGCCAACCAAAGGAGGGUAUCCAGAUCACGGUUCAGGAAGAGUUCACAUGAAUUAUGUUGAAUAACUACCUAUCUAUGUUUUGAUUAUCUUCUUAGCUGCAAUUAAGACACCAUAUGCAACUCUAAUUUUAUCAGUAGUCCUUUUUGUUUCAAGAAUCCUUUACGCCUUGAGCUAUUCAAUCGGAGGACCUAAUUUGAGAUCUAUUGGAGCUUUCCCUGGUCUCUUAGCAAAAGUUGGCUUGUACUACUAUAGUUUCUAUUCAGCUUAUUCUCUAAUAAAAUAUCACCCACAUUUUAAGUGA